AUGCAGGCGGCGGCCUCUUACCGGGGCGCGGCAGCCCACCGCCGCGCCGGCCACCCUUACCGACGCCCUCCCGGUCCCUCUCUUCUUCUACCCGUCCGUGUCGCCGGCGUCGGCCGUCUCUGCGACGCGGCGGUUCCGCUCCGAUUCGGUCCCCUGCCCCUUCAUCGGGCUCGCGGCGGUGGCGGCGGCGUUUUCGCGCACCUCGAUGCCAGCAAUGGGGAGGCGUGGCAGAUGACGCGCGCGCUCGGGCUAAUCCUUGCUGAUCACCAGAAAACUGCGCAUGCUAGCCUGCUGAAAACUGCUGUUCUUUCAACAAUGUCGAUGCUCAUAAUGCCUCUUGAGGCAUCAGCUGAGACAUGUCAACCAACUAGUUCUUUUGCCAAUAUGCCGAUUUUCAUUGCCGUCGCUCUAAUAGGAGCUGCCGUGGGUGGAUUAUUAGCACGGCAAAGAAAGGACGAACUGAAGCGAUUGAACAAUCAACUUCGUCAGAUUAAUACUGCUCUUAGAAGGCAGGCGCAGAUUGAAUCGUUUGCUCCUGGCCUUACUUAUGCGCCUGUAGGGAGAGCAGGAGAAAUUGAGGUUAUUGUUGAUCCCAGGAAGCAGCAGUUGGUGGUAAAUUUGAAAAAUGGGAAGAAUUAUAUGAGGAAUCAGGACCUUGAUAAGGCGGUAGUGGAGUUCAAGACGGCUCUGGAGCUUGCAGAAAGCAUAGGGGAUCGCUUUGAGGAGAAGAAAGCUGCGCGGGGAUUAGGCGCAUCACUGCAAAGGUUGGGACAGUACAGAGAAGCAAUGAGCUGGUACUACAAGGUUCUGGCGCUAUCAAAGGAGACCGGCGAGGAUUCUGGCUGCACCGAGGCCUACGGCGCGAUAGCCGACUGCUGCGCUGAUCUCGGCGAUUUGGAGGGAGCAGCGAAGCUGUAUGACGAGUACAUAUCAAGGCUGCAGCCCCGCGAUUGA